AUGGCAGCCGAGUUCAAGGAAAGCCGUCGUUCUGACUUUGAUCGUGCUCCCAAAUCCACCGUUGUUUUGAUUGGUAUUUGGAUCGUUUCCUUGCUUGCUGAACGAUCCCGCACAAGGCGUAAACAACGCAUUGAUAUGGUUCUUAAAGCAGCAGCCCUUGCCGGGGACAAUCUGGACUGGGACAAUGUGCCCGGUGUUUGGAUUCCAAAAAAUAAGCAAGAACGUGCGGAAUCGCCCUUUCCUUGUCCACAGUCGCCUUCUGAUCGCACAUUUUCGGAGAAAGCUGCUAGCACAGUAUCGGAAGACAUGGACAGCGAACUUAUGGACAACGAAAAUGUCACUCAAUCCCAGUUUGAAAAUCUGCAGGUAUGUGAUAUAUUCAGCUCGAAAAAAGAUUUUGUUGAUGACUUACUGGAAAAGCCUAAUUAUAAGUCUUGGCCUAGGAUUCAUGUUUGUUAUGUCAUGAAUUUAGUCGUGAACAGAGCAAAUAAAGCAUGA